UCUUCACAUCUGGUCACUUCUAUGAACGAACUGCUGGAACUUCCUCAUUCUUCUGAGAGAAGCCUAACGGGACAGACGCAAACGUUAUCCUGCCGCAUCUUGUCUCCUGUUUUACAGAACGUCAAACUCCUGUUUAUUCUUCAGUUCCAGUGAUCCAUCGUCAGAGUGAUCCAUCGCCAUAGUGAUCCAUCGCCAGCGCGAUCCAUCGUCAGAGUGAUCCAUCGCCAUAGUGAUCCAUCGCCAGAGUGAUCCAUCGUCAGAGUGAUCCAUCGCCAUAGUGAUCCAUCGUCAGAGUGAUCCAUCGCCAUAGUGAUCCAUCGUCAGAGUGAUCCAUCGCCAGAGUGAUCCAUCGUCAGAGUGAUCCAUCGUCAGAGUGAUCCAUCGUCAGAGUGAUCCAUCGUCAAUGAUCCAUCGUCAGAGUGAUCCAUCGCCAUAGUGAUCCAUCGUCAGAGUGAUCCAUCGCCAGAGUGAUCCAUCGCCAGAGUGAUCCAUCGUCAGAGUGAUCCAUCGUCAGAGUGAUCCAUCGUCAGAGUGAUCCAUCGUCAGAGUGAUCCAUCGUCAAUGAUCCAUCGUCAGAGUGAUCCAUCGCCAGGGUGAUCCAUCGCCAGCGUGAUCCAUCGUCAGAGUGAUCCAUCGUCAGAGUGAUCCAUCGUCAGAGUGAUCCAUCGCCAGAGCGAUCCAUCGUCAGAGUGAUCCAUCGCCAGAGCGAUCCAUCGCCAGAGCGGUCCAUCGCCAGAGCGGUCCAUCGCCAGAGCGGUCCAUCGUCAGAGCGGUCCAUCGUCAGAGCGAUCCAUCGUCAGAUCAAAUGGCUUCAAAUAACAAAAAGAUGAAAAUGUCUGAACCUCAUAAUAACAAGGAAGAACACUGUCACCGAUUCUCCUUUUCUAGCGGAGACACAGCCCUGAUAUAUAAAGGGGAAAUCACCUGUACCGAACCUGGCAACAUAAUAGAAGUUCUCAAAAGAAAUUAGAUCUUCUGUAAACUAAUGAAAAAGGUGAAGGGGAGAGAAGUUGUCAUUGUGAAUGAAAAAGGGGCCAUAGUGGAGCACUUUCCAUGUUGCUUAAUUAAGAAAGAUGAGACCCUCGUUAUAUACACUUUCCCUAAAACUAAAACACCGGCCAUAGAUGGGAAAAGGGAACUUGAACAGGGAAAAGAACUUGCACAGGGAAAAGAGCAACAGCAAAAAUCCACAUUUGUCACUUCCUGUGUUGAGGUAACAGGUGGGAAAAAUAUCACAAGCAAGGAGAUACUUAAACACCAAAAACGUAAGAAUUUUAGCCCUCUGUGUAUCUAUGCAAAAUCUGGGGAUACAGUCAAGUCAGCUCUGGAAGCAGAUGGGCGCUUCUCAGACAUAGUGUUUGAAAAAACAUGUACACUUUGUGAGGAACCCCAAAAACAAACAAAUAUUACUAUGUCCACUGUAGUAAACAAGCUAGAAGAUCGCAGAUUUCAAAUUUUCCUAAAGGAACCGACAAACAGAAAGGUGCUUGGCACCACAAAAUCAAAGAUUUCUGACACAAGAUUCAAAUCUGAGGGUGACACCACACAACCCUCUCAGUCCAACCCAAGUUCAACAUCAGAGGAGGGGCCCUCUCAGUCCAACCCAAGUUCAACAUCAGAGGAGGGGCCCUCAGUGGGAAAUAUGACACAGAAGCGACAGGCAAAUAAGAAACAAAAAUACAUUCCCAUGCCAGAUUCGAGGGAAAUUCAGCAGAUCUUAUGCGACCAGUUUAAAGGUUUACUAGAUCACAUGAAGAGUAGGUAUCCACAGGAGAAAUCUGAGUCUGAAGUGAUAGAGUUGAUGAGGGAGGAAUUUGGUAAGAAACCGGAGAGUUUUACUGAAGUGUACAGGUUAAUAGAGCUGGCAGAAGUGACCACCUCAGUCUGUAAAGUCGAACACGAAUUGAUCGAAGGAACAGGUUUCCUGCUGUUCGAUAACCUCAUCCUGACAAAUGGUCAUUUGUUCAAGGAUAAAGGUGUACUUCAGGGAAAGACACUGUUGGUUCCCACAACUGUCACGUUUAAUUUUGACAACGCACUUGGAUCAGGUCAGUGGAAGGUAAAUGUUAAACCAGAAGUGGUUGCCCUCCAAUAUGGAGUUGAUAGGUGGGGGCGUCAGGUUGACUAUGCCAUACUGGAGCUGAGUACCCCAUUAAAAGGCAAGAAGUUUCCUCCAGGUCUCCUUCAGAAGUAUGGCCCAGUCCCUCAGACAGGUGGGAUCUACAUCGUUGGCCAUCCAGAUGGAGGGAUUAAAAAGAUGGACUCCACGACCAUAAUAGAGGUGGAACAAAGAAAUGCAGCUGAGAUCAAACAUUUAGGAGAAAACCAGAGCUCCAUCAUGAUAAUCAAAGAAAGCAUUUUGGGUAAUGAGUUGGACAAAGAGUUUUAUGAGCAGAUAAUACAGGGCAAACUGGAUGUGCUGACCUAUAACACCUUCUGCUUUAAUGGAGCCUCUGGGUCUCCGGUUAUAAAUCCCAGUCAUUGUCAAGUAAUUAAUGGCAUCCCAGUAUAUGGUUGCCAGGUGAUUGCCAUGCAUACUGCUGGCUUUUCUUACAAAUGUAAGGGAACUCAUGAAACUCAGAGUGUGAUUGAAUAUGCAAUCCCUCUCAGGACCAUUCUAGAAAACAUAUUGUUCUACUUGGUGGAGACAAACAAUGUUCAAAUGUUGUCAAGAUUCACCAAUGUUGCCAUGAAAAACCCACAUCUGUUUCAGCUCAUUGCCUGUCUUAUCAUUGAGAUGGUGGCCACAUUGCAGCCUGAAUACUCUGAUAUCCUUAAGGGAAUAUGGAACACAAUAUCACGAAGUCGUAAAAGAGAUGAGAUGCAGAAAUUGAUCAUUGACAUAAGUGCAGGUACAUCAGGGAUUGGAUUGAGGUGCUGAACUGUGUUUUAACAGAAGUUGGGGUGGAUCUGGCUGCAGAUGUCACCUGUGAGUUGGGAAGCAGCUUUAGGCCAUUUAAAUCCCCCCCCCCCCCCCCCCCCCCCCAAAAGAAAUGCUUUUAUUGUCACACACACCAGAUAUGUGCAGUGAAAUGGGUUGUUUUACAGGGUCAGUCAUAGUAGUACGGUGCCCUUGGAGCAAAUUAGGUGCCUUGCUCAAGGGCACAGAGACAGAUUUGUCACCUUGUCAGCUCUAGUAUUUGAACCAGUGACCUUUCAGUUGCUAGCCCAACACUCUAACCUCUAGGCUACCCGCCUUCCCCUUCGCUUAUUUUCAACUGUAGACAUCAGCUAUAGAGGGAUAUGGUGAUGUGCCAAUAUUAUUUAGGAAAGCCACGGUAUCACAUAUCAUCGCUGUAGGGUGAAAACCUCUUAUCUCCAAAACACACUUUUCAGGAAAUUGAAAAAUGACCAUAUUUUACUAUUAACGAACAUAACAUUUUAAAACUACUGAAGAUAUCUUGUAUACAUUUUAUUUGUCCUAGAGUCGUGAAAUGUUCCACCUACAUUGAGGAUAGUUACUGCUUUCAAUACAUAUAAAAAAUGAAAAUGGGGACUUGGGGUGGUCACAAGAAGGGAACAAACUUACUUGAUGUGGUAGAAGGAAGAAGGAAGAAUGGGAGUAUAGACAGACUCAACCCACCACUACCAGCAUUCCAGGAACCUCAGGAGUGUUUUUUUCCUUUAGCAGGCCAUCCCUGGGAUCAAAUGGAUCCGGGGGAUUGACAAAUCUGUUUGAUAUCAGAGGAGAAUUUUAUGGUUGAUGGUGUGAGACUCUGGGUGAGUCUCAAAGGGGGGAAUGAUGGGGUCAAAUUGGGGUCAUGAUAGGGGCUGCACCAAAUGUUUGAUGUAUUAUAAUAUUUGUUUAUGCUUAUGUUGUAUUAAUAGAUUUAUAAGGUCCUAGACUACAGAUUAACUAUAUAUAUAUUCAUUAUAAGGUUUUAAAAUUGUUCCACAGUAUUUUCUAAGUCUCUACCUCUUAUAAAGAAAUGAUCUGAGAAAUGUGUGAAAUUAUUGUAUGGGGUCUGUGAGAAAGCACUUCAAAGAUAAACAUAGAGCCCUGCAGGGGAGUAGAAGAGAUAAGAAGCUAGUCAGACAUACCUCUAGAAAUCCACUUGGGGGAGUGGACAUUUACUGCUGAGGACUUAGAAAACACUGGAACGAUUGUAUCUCUUGCAAGUUUGUAUAGCUGUGUAUGCAUGGGUUUGGUCUGAGGAGUAGCAGGUAAUGACAUAUGCAGUGACAUCACAGGGGGCUGACUACAAGCAUGAUUAAAGCAACUUGGACUUUUCUUAUAGGGCAGAACUCAGGAGAGACACUAGUUGUGUAUGUGAUGUUUGAUCUUUGACUUCUGUCUACAGCUGUAUUUUGAUUAAAAUUGUAAUGAUUUAUAAGUGCA